AUGCCCGCGUCUACCCAGACGAGGAAGGAGGAGGCGGAGCUUCGCAAGAUAGCCAGGCAGUCGCGCCUCUCCAGAAAGGAGGCUGAGGCGAAGGAGCGACGACAGCAGCAGCAGCGACGCAAGAAGGCAGCCGCUGCCGCGGCACAGCCCGGCGGAGACGCAGGCAGCAGCAAGACGCCCAGCACGCACAAGCGUCAGGCCGCCAUUAUUCUCCCCAGUGAGGUGGAGGAGUUGCGGCAGCGGCUCUUCGACAAUAGCUCCUCCCCCAACAAUGGCCGUGGCACUACCGAGAGUACUACUACGACUAGCAGCAGCGCCAAGACGAAAGGAAAGAAGCGGCAGCGUACUGCUUCUGCUUCUUCUGCUGCUGCUGCGCCGGCGCCAACGUCGUCGUCGGCUCUGCCGCCGCACUUCGAGGAGCCGCCGUACAGCAUGGAGAUCCACCACAAGAACAAGCAGGUCCUCGUUGACGUGACGCUUCACCGCAUCCCGCCUGCGCACGUCGACGUGAGCGAGACGACCGACACGAUGCUCGUCGUUGACACGUGCCGCCACACGAAGAGGUACCGCCUGAUGCUACCCAUGCCGGAGGGUCUCCGUGUCGACGCAGCGCAGGCCACCUGUGAGCUUGACAGCACCUGCGGCGUGCUGCACUGCGUGCUGCCGGUGAGGGGCGACAUCCCCGCCGUGCUGCAGGAGGAGCGGACGAAGAUGCUCGACGCCAUCCGGAAACAGAAGACGCUGCGCUUCCGUAUCGAUGCUGACGGCGAGCUGAAGGUGCGAAGCCGCCAGGCGCUCCUCGCCCGUAACGAGCGGCAACAAGCGGCGAAGGUGCAGGAAAAAGACAUCGCGCAGGCGAGCAGUGACGCCGUGGAGGCGGCAGAGGAGGCCGACGUCGUAGCGGCAGAGGUGCAGCCGGAGAAGAAACGAGCCAAGAAGGAGGCUGCCCCCAACCCACGCAGCGGCAACAGCAGCGGUAGUACUGCGGCAACGGACAGCUCAGGAAAGGGCACAGGCAAACCACGCCAAGAGCAGAAUCCCAAGCAGCAGCAGCAAAAUAGGCCCGCGAGGAAAACGGCCGGCGACGCGCUGGAGGAGGAGCGCAAGAGGGCGAUGGAGAUAGCCCGGUCUGCCGGCAAGGCCGCCCAGCUGACGCUGCGGGAGCGUGUCGCACAGGCCAAGGCACAGCAGAAGAAGGUUCAGGAGCGGCUAAGUGUUCGCAGCACCCGACGCAGUGCGCGGUCGGAAAAGACGCAGGAGUCUUUCGCCCGCGUGCUGGAGGAGCAGAAGCGGCAGCUGCUGGCACGCGCGGAACUGAACGCCUCCAUCGCCGCCGCUGAUGCGAAGGAGAAGUCAGGCCGGAGGAGGACAGGAAAGGCCGUCACCUUCGCGGAAGCGAAGGAGUAA